AUGUAGUACAUCUCCGUUCGCUCACGCACAGAGAAUCAACAGCAGUGGAUGAACGGCGACGAUGUAGGAAAGACAUCGUGCAACGUGCCACGAUAAGUAAAUAACGAUAUCGAUGAGCAGAAAAGUGUUCGUGUACGGUACCAAAUUUAUCACGGAAUCAGAGGAAACUUCAAUUAUUCUUCGUUCUGAGUUCUCAUCUGCAAUGGGUUUGAUGCUGACAAUAAGGAAAGUGUGUUCUUGAUGGUUUUAUGGUUUUAAGAAAAUUGUGCUUGUGGUCUGCAUUGAUAUACGCUUCUCAUCAAAGUGAUCAAACCCAGGAAACACGCCAACAUAUAGCCUGGAAACUACGUUUUAGUCCGUUUUUUUCGAGAAAUUGUACCCUACAACUUUGGAACGAUCAAGAUUGUCUAUAUGGCUUCUAAGGCGCGUGUACUGUAUGAUUUCCAAGCCCAACCCGGAUCCAAUGAGCUAAAUAUAUUUGAGAACGAAAUUGUUACAGUCACGAAAAAAGAUGUCGGCGAAGGCUGGUGGGAAGGUUCGGUGAGAGGGGAAACCGGUCUCUUCCCGGCUUCGUACGUCGAAGAAAUCCAGGACUCAGCCGCCCAACCUGCUGCUCCUGCUGCUAGCAACUUGUAUCCCUCUGUUCCUCAGAAUGCUUACUACACACAGCCAGCAGCUGCCAGUGCCGGUUACUCAGACUGGGAUACACCUGCACCGGCUGCGGCUCCAGCUGCUGCGGCCUCCGCUCCCCAGCAGGAACCGGCUGGGGCUGACUGGGAUGAUGAAUGGGAUGAGGAUUCCGAAGACGAAAAGGAGCAGCGGGGGAGGCGGUAUGCUAACGAGAAUUUUCAGGAGGGAUCCCGUGCGACUUCCGCCACAGGAGGCGCCGGUGCCGCCAAACGCCAGCUUGAGCCAACUUAUUCGUCUUCCACGGCCGUUAAUAAUCCGGCUUUUGCUGCACAAGCUUCUGUCAAAGGAAACCUUAAUCGCUUUUCUGUAUUUGUUAAAUCGGGAGCGGAAAAUUAUCUUCUUGGAAAAUUAAAAGCAAGCGUCCCGGAUGGAUCAGUCGUAUCGAUUACCGAUACACAGUGGGGACCAACGUGGGGAACAAAUGGCAGACCGUAUACUUGCGAGGUGUUUUCUCCAAAAAAGGAGUCCAAAUUAAAGGGACUGAAAUCUUAUAUUGCUUAUCAGCUGACACCGUCGUAUACCAAUGUCCAAGUGGCUAGACGCUACAAACAUUUUGAUUGGCUUCAUGAGCGCCUUACGGAAAAGUUUGUUCUUAUUCCAAUCCCACCAUUGCCGGAUAAACAAGUCACCGGACGUUACGAAGACGACUUCAUCGAACACAGGAUGGCCCAACUGCAGCUCUGGGUGAAUCAUUUGUGCACACACCCUGUUUUGUCGCAGUGCGAUGUUUGGAGGCAUUUUUUGGAAUGUACCGACGAAAAGCGCUGGAAGGUGGGCAAGCGGCAAGCUGAAAAGGAUGAAUUAGUGGGUGGUGCAUUCCUUCUUUCAAUAAGGACCCCUGCCAAACCGAUUACCAAUGACCUUGACGCAGAUAUGAAUUCGUUUGGUGCUUUUGCAAAAGCCAUGGAUAACAGUGUACGCUUCCUGCAUUCCUCAGCCGCGGAUAAUGCCAAACGUCAUAUGGGGCCUUUCAAACGCGAAUACGAAAAAAUGGGUCAGGCCUUCCGGACACUGGGACAAGCGUUUGAACAGGAUCCUAGCAAAUUUUCUGCGGGACUGACAGAGGCAAUAAAAAAGACGGGAGAUACAUACGAAAAUAUUGGCAAAAUGUUCGAGGAACAGCCGCGGCAUGAUGUUGAUCCGAUGUUAGACACGUUGCAUAUCUAUCGUGGCUUACUGGCAAGUUUCCCGGAAAUACUUUAUGUGCAAAAGAGUUCUGCACAGAAGCUAAAAGAUUCGGAAAAACUGGGUGAUGCCGGUAAAUUACCAGCCGGUGAACUGAAUGCGUUGAGAUCCCGUGCAGAUGUUGUAUCGUAUUCCGUAAUGGCCGAAAUUAACAAUUUCCAUAAAGCACGAACUGACAGCUUCAAAAAUAUGAUGGAACAUUAUCUGCAACAGCAAAUUAACUUCUAUUCUCAGAUCGUCAAAAAUCUGGAAAACACCUUGGCUGCGUAUCGGGACGUGUAAAUACGUUUGCAACAAUUUAUUGCGGAGUACGACAAUAACAAGUGUAUUUCCCCAUGGAAUGUGUUUUUGUCCUUAAAAGAAAGGUUUUCCGUAAUCGCCUUCCAAAAUCCAGCAAGUGCAUGUAAAUGUUAUACCCGGAAAGUCAGCUGUGUCUGUCGAUAAAUAUCCUAUGGUCUCCGUUUGUAAUGUUUUGAUUCAGAUGGUUCAACAGAUUUUUAACAGGGUUUCGAUGUGCCAUCGUUGUCUGGUGGCGUUGAUUUGAAUGUUUUCUUUGGAAAGAUUUAUUUUGCCGUUUGAGUAUAUGUUCGGUGUAAAAGGGUAUUUUUAAUUUUCUUUUUGUUUUUAUGUACUGGACAUUGUUCCGUGAUUUUUUUUGUUUGUUCAGAAUAUUACUGUAUCAGCUUGACGUAUUGUAUUUUAAUGUCAUGGAUGAGUCAAGUAAAACAGAAAAAGUGA